GCCGUCGUCGUCGUCGAGAGAGAGACGUCGACCCGUCUCGCGCCUCCUCUCGCGUUCUCAGUUCUCCGACCGAACACACGACGGCGAGAGACUCGCGAGACUCAGGUGAAGCGACGGGGAUAUCGCGUCCACGGGGGUUGCGAGUCGUAAUCGGUCACAGCCGAAGCCGCGGUCCUUAAAAGACGCCUCGAGACGCCCCUCGUGUGCAUCGCGACGGCAACGAGGGGAAGAGGGAGGAACGACAAGCACGCGGACGGAGCAACCAGUGUUCGGCGACCUUCCUCUGGAGAGCGAAGACGGUAUCAGGGAGCGAGGCAGGUGUCUCCACCGACGACAGAGGACGACCCGAGAGGGUCGAAGAGCUCGCGAGGUCAGUGAGAGGGCAUCGUAUCUCCGCGAUUCGGUCUGUCGACCUGCGAAGGCGUGGUGGGUCGUUUCGCAACGACAACGCGACGAUAACGCAGCUCCACGAAACGCCACGUGAAACGCAAGAUUGAUAGUGAAAUCGACUGCAAGAUGUGCUAGGUGAAUCGGAGUAUUAACAAGAUAGGAUACCGUGACGAUAAAAUCGAGGACAGACGAGUGAAGGGAUAAGUUUGCUCCGCGAAUUGUUAUGUGUUACGCGAAAACCUUGACCGAUCUCCCGCUGACAUUUCCCAUAACGAUCUGAUAUCGUCGCGUGUCUGUUCGCGUGAGUGAUUCGCGAGAAGCGUCGCAUGCAGCGGAUUUCACGGGGAUCGGCGUGGCUGUAUGAGCCGAGGGGGAUUCCGAGAGAGACAACGACGGUGGUCGGGCAUGGUCGCGGAGGAUGAGGAAGAAGUACAAAAAUAGCUGUCCCCGUGGUUGAGCGGAGAUGCACAGCUGACCGGUCGCGUCAGAGAGAUAGAGAGCGAGAGAGAAAGAAAGAGGGAAAAAGAGGUAGGAAAAGAGAGAGGGAGGGAGAAACAGCCGGACAUUCGAUUAACGCUAGCGAGUGCUGCGUCUCGCAUCGGGACGACCGGACGAGGAAUCGAUCCGAUCGCGGUAUUCCACGUAAACUCAACUGCAAACACACCACGUGCCUUUACCGUCGUCGUGACCCGUGGACGCCUCUACUACCCUGGGCGUCGCGACAUCGUCCUCCCCCUUUUUCGCACGGCCGUCGACUCAUCGCGCGAAAUCGAGCCGUUUCCGACGAACACUUCCUCAUUCAAGCACGCAAGCGAUCGAACGGCGACGUUGUGGAAAUGUCCGAGCCAUGCGCCUCUCCGAGACACAAUCCACAAUCUGCAAUCUCGGUUGCCGCGAAAUCUGACUUCGAUCCCACGAGGUCGAACGAAACUCCCGAACAUUGCGGAGGAGUGCCUGUGGUCAGCAACGUAGAUUCCUUGGAUGCAACGUGGAUCGAAGCCUCGAGAUUGUUGAACCGCAUCGCAACGUCAUCGCCUUGGUAUUUUUCGACCGCACUCGGGUGCGCGAUUGCAAAUUGAAUAGUGAUAAUUCGGCGCGUGUCGUUUGGCUUUACGCAGCGAACAACGUCAAUCAAAGCGAUAUGAGACGCUGCCGGCGAGAGAAGACAAAUCGCGUCGCGGACGAGCAUCGCCGGCGAACGAUCGAGUCGUCAUCAUAGCUGAUUCUAAAUCAUCGACGACAGCGCGACGAUCCGCGGAAUCCCCUGGCCGCCAGCCGCGUCCUGGAAGUCGUGAAAACGCCGGCCUGCAAAUCAUAUCCUCACUAUAAAUAGAUGUUUUCUCGCGUGGAUCGCGUCUCUUAAGCCACACACGCGCCGCGACGCACACUGGUACUGGCAGCGCAUGUGACACGUAUGUCGACCAUUCGUCAAGGUGGGACCGAUCUUUCCGUCGUCCUUGAAUCGACGACAGGGGAAAUCAUCUGCGCCGGCGACCUUAGAUAUAUAUCUAGAUAGACGAGAACCCCGGGUCCAAACGAACGCGCGUCGGCAGAUAGAAGAUACAUCGAGCCUUUCGCGUGCGAAAACCCACAGCCGCGCUCUCAGCAGACAGUUUAUUCGGUGCUAAUAUCGAUAUCGACGACGACGAGCGAGACCAAAAACAACGACACCGACAUCUCGGUGCUUUUAGCCGACGAGUCGACACGAAACGGAAACAUCCUGGACGACGGAAGCUCUUCUUCGUUUAAUCUCGCGUCACUCUUUCGUAUCGGUUAAGAAGCCUGAAGAGAACAACGGACGAGCGCAUCGUCCGACGAAACAGCAACGAAAUUCUUUCCUUUGCCUUCUCUCGAGUCAAGUCGCGUUAUCUUACUCUGUCUUACGGCUGAUCACUAUGCUCAACUCGUGCUGUGCUUUUUUCUACCGUGCUCGUGCCGCAUUGUACGCCGCGAGUGUUUUCCUAGUGCUUUAGUGUUACUACGCGGUAUAUAUUAAUUGAUAGAAAUAGGGCCCGUUGCGCCCACGGUCGAACGCGGAAGUCUCGACUGCCCAGAUAUCUGGGUAACCUGUUCCUGAGAUGCCUGUUAGACGGGGUCACGUGGCGCCUAGAACUACGAUUAUCGAGACCAUCAUCAGGAAGUUCGAUACGCACGAUCGAAGCUUUUUAGUGGCAAACGCGCAACAGGGACUAUGCCACAUUAUCUACUGCUCGGACGGUUUCUGCCGGUUGACGGGCUUCUCAAGGGCCGAGGUGAUGCAGCGGCCGGCGGUAUGCGACUUCCUCCAUGGACCAAUGACGUCCCCACACGCGGUCGCGGCCCUGCGAGACGCCCUCGCCGCGGGCGUCGAAAAGCACUUCGAGAUCCUUUACUACAGGAAGGACGGAACCAAGUUCCUCUGCAGCGAGGUGAUAGCGCUAAUAAGGAGCGAGGUGGACGACAUUUGCUUGCAAAUCAUAAACUUCGAGGAUCUGAGCUCGCAGCCGCCUCCGCAGCCCGCGAUUCCGCCGCCGAGUCAGGCCAACAACAGGCUCGCGACACGCUUCGACAGGGCAAGGGCGUCCUUCCGGGCUGGCCUAUCGAGAACCGGUGUCGUUGGUCCGCCGAGGGUCCGGAACCGACCACGCACGGCGGCUAAUUUGCCUCAUCGACUUGCUGACGGGACCAUCCUCGACGAGGACGCCUCUGAGAACUGCCCGUUAACAUGUGGCUCGCCCACAAUGAUGGAAUCGUGGGGCCCAGGCAGGACCGGUACUCCCCCGCCGGGUCUUCCGCCACCGCCGUGCAGCAACCACGGUGGCGCAACAACGUCGGCGAUCGCCCCGAAUGUCGUACCACAGCCCGGCACCACCGCUCCCAUCGCCAGUCCCGAGGGGGUGAGCGACGUUUCGCAAAAGUCGGGCAUUUGGGAGGGCGCGAACUCGUCGGGUGCCGCGGAAGGCCCGUCGCGGAGCGUCUCUCAUGCGGCGAGUUUGGACGCUAUCUCGAGGAGAACCAUAAAACCGGAAACAGCGAGGGCGCCCUGUCGCAGCCUCACCUGCAGCGUCUUAGCGGGCCGAGGGAGCGAACACGUCACCCUCGAGCGACGGCCAGCGACAGUCGAUAAUCUGACCGAAGCUGCAAAACACUCGAAAAUCUUUCCUGGCGUCGCUUCUGAAAGCGAUUUGCAGAAAUGGCGAACGUCCAGAGACCGAAAGUCGCCAUCUCUGAGUCAGAUGGGACCGGAUUCCAUCAAACACAAAUUUUCCUUACAAGAUAAUGGAUCUGCAAAGUAUUUUCAAGGAGCGAUGCACACACCGAACAUGGGAGAAAAAGUCGCUCAGGUACUGUCCCUCGGAGCAGACGUCCUCCCGGAGUACAAAUUACAGUCCCCCAGAAUCCACAAGUGGACCAUACUACAUUAUUCGCCGUUUAAGGCGGUCUGGGAUUGGGUUAUAUUGCUGCUUGUGAUGUACACAGCUAUAUUUACGCCGUACGUCGCUGCCUUCGUUCUGUCGGAUCCGGAUUACAACAGCAGAAAGAACAAGAAAUAUGGUGAUGACCCCAUCGUUGUCAUAGACUUAAUAGUCGAUGUCACCUUUAUUGUGGACAUCAUCAUAAAUUUUCGCACGACGUUCGUCAACAGCAACGAUGAAGUGGUGUCCCAUCCUGGUAAGAUAGCCGUCCAUUACCUGAAGGGUUGGUUCAUCAUCGACUUGGUGGCUGCCAUUCCCUUCGAUCUCUUACUCGUUGGCUCGGAUACUGACGAGACGACGACCUUGAUCGGACUCUUGAAGACAGCCCGUCUGUUACGUCUCGUCAGAGUGGCCAGAAAAAUCGACAGAUACAGCGAGUAUGGUGCUGCAGUUUUGUUACUGUUAAUGGCCACUUUUGCCCUUAUUGCUCAUUGGAUGGCGUGCAUAUGGUACGCCAUAGGAAACGCCGAGCGGCCGACCCUGAAGAGCAAGGUUGGUUGGUUGGACAUUCUAGCCAACGACACGCAUCAAUUUUACUUUCACAAUAACACCGGUGGACCGAGCAUAAAAAGUCGCUAUAUCACGGCGCUUUACUUCACCUUUAGCAGCCUCACGUCCGUGGGCUUCGGAAAUGUGGCGCCCAAUACUGACGCUGAGAAAAUCUUUACAAUAAUCGUCAUGUUGAUCGGAUCUCUGAUGUACGCCAGUAUCUUCGGUAAUGUAUCGGCGAUCAUCCAGAGGCUGUAUAGCGGCACUGCCCGGUACCACACGCAGAUGCUCAGGGUCAGAGAAUUUAUAAGAUUCCACCAGAUCCCGAAUCCGCUCCGCCAGCGGUUGGAGGAGUACUUCCAACACGCGUGGACGUAUACAAACGGGAUCGACAUGAACAGUGUUCUGAAAGGAUUCCCCGAGUGCCUUCAGGCCGACAUCUGUCUUCAUCUUAAUAGGAAUCUUUUAAACAAUUGCCGAGCCUUUGAAGGGGCUAGUCCAGGCUGUUUAAGGGCAUUAUCCUUAAAGUUUAAGACAACGCACGCACCACCGGGUGAUACUUUAGUCCAUCGCGGAGACGUGCUGACUUCCCUGUAUUUUAUAUCCCGCGGGAGUAUUGAAAUUCUGAAGGAUGACAUCGUGAUGGCCAUUUUGGGGAAGGAUGAUAUAUUCGGCGAGAAUCCAUGUAUUUAUCCAACAGUCGGGAAGUCAUCCUGUAACGUUCGCGCUCUUACUUACUGCGACCUUCACAAGAUCCAUCGGGAUGACCUGCUUGACGUUUUGGCACUUUAUCCGGAGUUCUCCAACCACUUCAGCCAAAAUCUCGAGAUCACUUUCAACAUGCGAGACGAGGAGCAGGCUGGUGUCGAUCCAAUAUCAGCAAGGUUUCCUGUCAGCACUCCGACCGACGUCGACAUCGACGCCAGGCGAUUCGCUUUCCGUCCACCAAGAUACCGUCGAGGACCCGGUGGUCCUGGCACAAAUCUUAUCCCCACAGGUCGACAAGACUCCUUGCAAGACGACCAAGAAGAUUAUGAUCACAAAGGUAGCGGUCACGGUAUCUUAGAAUUCAGCACGGACAAAGCCGGUCAGGACGUGACGCCGUUGAAUCUGGAAUUUGACGAGCCCAAGCAGAGAAGUUCGACCUUAAACUCGAUAACUGGCAUGCUAACCCAUCUCAAGCGCAGCAUACCGGAUCUACGUCAGCACAAGAUUCAUCUGCAGCCGCUUACCAGCCACGAUUACCUCGCCAAACAAAUGACCACGCCGCUGAUGAAACCGGCGCGCCGGAGUUCCGCCGCUGGCGAGAGUUGCCUCAGUCAAAACGUCGUUCAUCCCACUUCGACAACGUCAAGCCACUACACCACACCAUCGCCCCCGCAGCAUCCUCAUUCCCAUGGCGACUUUCAGAGCGGCCCAGGCCGACCCUUGGAGGAGAUCAACAGCAGGAUCGAUCAGCUGUCGCGACAGAUGUCCUCGCUGGAGCACUCGAUGGCCGGUGAUAUCCGGUUGAUUCUGAGCUUGCUCCAGCAGACUCUUGACUCGUCGAGGGAUAGCUCCAGCAUCGAGAUGAUGCAGGGAACCGCGCCGGCCGGCACGCGGCAGAGCAGCCGGGCACCGGCGUUGGUCCAGAGAUCGGCGAGCGAGCCGCAACCUCCGACAGUUCCGGUGAGCAACGGAAACGGAAAGAUCCAGCCCAGCACGUCGCACGGUUUGUUCAGUAGACCUACCACGAGGGAGCCGACCUCCACGUCGUCGGGCACGUCGCGGCUCACCGUCACGUCGGAAACGUCCGCGCUCGCGACGGCGUUGCAGACGGCGCUGAACGGUGCUCGAACCGGACCCACGAGGUCGCAGAGCCAACCGGUCGACCUGGCGGUGCCGACCACCACGCAGCAGCAGACUCACCAGGGACACGCUUGGCACAGUCAGCCUGCCGCCUUCCGAAGAGGCGAAUACAGGAGUGGCGUGCCUUGCGAUAGAUACAGCUCGUUCAACAAACGCUCGGAGGCGGAGGGCGAGGACCCGUGGAGCUGCGUGGUCUCGGUAACGGGAGAUCGGAGUGCUGCCCAGCGUCCUCGUAGCGGGGACACGCGCAAAGACCCGAAUCAUCGCGGCGGCAACGGAGCGGAAUCCGGGUCGAGCCGAUCGGAGGGCAGACAGGAGGGCGGAAGCGGGGGACAUCAGGCGAGCGGACCCCGGCAGCAGGACUCCUCGAGGCAAACCAGCGAGGAUAUGUCGUGGGAAUUUACGAUAAAUGAGGCGCCGAUCGCCAGACUCGAGUCGCUGGACGAGCUCGAUCAGGAUCACGGCAGUUAAGGGAAAUCGCGCACGCGGAAUCAUUCUGUCAGCUGAGAGCUGCGACAUCGCCGCGAGGACGAUCGUCUUUGCGAGACGAGGACGCGGAAAGUCGCAACGAGAAAGCGCGACUGGGGCCGUUCAAGUCCUCCGUAGGGAAUCUUGUUUCUAACCCAAUCAUAGUCAUCUCGCGACGCUUGUCUCGAAGUCGGAUCUCACAACCGAGCCGCAAGCGACAUCACGCGACGUCUGCAGAUCGACGUGGAGCGUGUGCCGUUGAAGGAAGCGUAUGAGCCUGAAGAUAAGAAUCCACUUGUUAGUAACUCACCUUGUAAUUGAGAAAAGUGAUAAGAACCUGAUGAAAAUUGAGGCAUAGCAAAAGCUAUCUAUACAUCGAAAUUUUUAAAAUUUUUUAUUCGAGAGUUACGAUAUAAAGAAUAUAAAACACAAUAAUUACAAUAAUAAUUAAAAAAAUGUGAAUGAUAGAUGCUUUAUAAUAGAAAAACAAGAAGAAGAAAUCAUAUUACAGUAAGAUAUUAAUAUUAAGCGUUAAAAAUCGAAAAAAUUUGACAUUUUCUAAAAAAAAAAGGAUUAAAAUGUAGAUUAUGCUUCCUUCAAUUGCAUGUGCUCUAAGCUAUCGACAGAUCCGUCAGCGCAAAGAUCACUUUUUGUACUCGAGACUAAGACGACUGUAUGCUCUCCGUAUGUUAAGCACUCAAGCGGAGAGGAUAUCGGCCGAAAUGUACAUUUUCAUAACGUAAGUGUACUUUUUUUAUUUAUGAAAUAUUUCUCGCGUUAUACCGCCGCCAUGUCUCGUUUCAUUCUGCUAAUUCGGAUUAAGCGAUCGCUUGUUAAGCAUCAUCGUACGAUUUAGGCUCUUCAAACGUUUUUCGGCUUCGACGGUCGACGAGCGCUCGUCUCUUCGGGGUUCCCGACAGCGGCAAGAAUUCAAUAUGCAAUUUAAAAUGCGUUCCUUCAGAUCGAUUUUUUAUGCGUCGAUAAAAAGCAAAUAGAAAAAAAAUAUAUCUCGUAUCUCGCCAAUUAGACGCCAAUUAUUUUACUCACACAGGACCGCAAAUGAUUAUUUAUAUAUAUUUACACGUUAACACAUGCAUAUGCGCUGUAUAUCAUAAGAGGGGCAUGUUAAAGGCGAAAGAAAGUAUAUACAUAAAUACAUCGCGCGAUAAUAGCGCGGAAAUCUUGACGGAAAAAAAGAUCGCAAAAAAUAAUUAAGAAUGAAAUCGCGAACCAUUUCGUCUUGAGGGUUUGGUUAGCUGAAGAAAAUUACUUAAUUCGUUAGAUUUCAACGUGUAAAUGUUUCUACGAUAAAUGUGGCUAAGAAGAAAAGUUUGUGAACAUUAAAAAGACGCGGAGAGAAAUGAGCAAUCUCGCUGAUUUAUCGUACAAAUAAUCAAGCAGCCUCCGAGUCGCGUUCUCGCCGCGUUGAAUUUAAAUACGACGAAAACGUGCGGUUUUUCAUUCGACAAUUUUACUGUCGACUGAAAAGUUCUCAAAUGGACGGUUUUAAUUUCUAGCGGGUUAAUUAAAAUUUGAUUGAGAGAGAGAGAGAGAGAGAGAGAGAGAGAGAGAGAGCACCUUCUUUUUUAUUCUUGCUUAUAGGCGACGUUAGAUGACGAUAUGGUAUUUAAAACAAGUCUCGCAGUGCCGAAAGGUAUUAUCACGUAGUAAUUUAAGCCGAAACAUCGGGGAAACAUAAAGAAACGGAAUUUUUUCCCACUUCAGCCGCCGUACAAAGUAGCCAAUGUCCUUUAUACAAAGAGCGACGAGAGAACAUGUCGCGCAGACGAUAUUAGACAAUUAUCAGGAUUCUUAUUAUUAUAAUUGUUAUUAUUAUUACGAUUAUAAUUAGUAUUCUUAUUAUUAUUGUUAUUAUUAUUAUUAUCAUUAUUAUUAUUAUUAUUAUGUAUUAUGUAUCAAUGGAAGAAGCGCAAGCGCGACGCGGAAGAGACGAAGAAAUUAACACCGACGACAUAAUGCCUACGCAAUAAUAUAUACUUCUACAUAUAUAUACAUAUACAGAAAGAAACAUAGAUGUAUAUAUAUAUAUUCUAUAAAUUUUUUACAAAGCAUUUCGAGUCGCUAUUGCUCCUAAACGCGUAAACGUUGGUUUCUCUUCCUCUCUUUUCGUUUUUUGUCCUCCCGCAACGUCUCUAUUUCCGCCAUAUUAACGUCGCGAAUCCGUUAAAGAGGCUGGAAAACGGCGAUCGAUGAUCCUAAAUGAUCUUAUCUCGGCCGCGACAAUUUACAUAGACCUUUACAUUUAUGUGCUAUACACGAGACGAGAGAGAAGGAGAAAUAGAGAGAAAGAGGAACCGAAUUCACGGUGAUGGCGCUUCUCGAGAUCGUUCGUGGAUCACCGAUCGCUGAUCUAUUCGUUCUUUGCUCAGUAUUUUAGGCUGUAACCGAUACCGAAUACAUUCGAUGUAACAAUUAAACACACACGACUCGUAGUUAACUCUCUGCGACAAAGUGAUGGUGCAGCGGCGCAGCGUUAAUAACAGGGGGGAAAAAAACAGCAGCUUUCAAUUUUACAGAUAGCGAUUUUUUGAUUGUUAAAUAUCAGUAGUACACGCAGCACACGUGGAUUUUCGCACUUAGAUACACGGCAGAAAUUGUACGUACGGUUAAGUGAUCCUUUAGAAAGAGAGAGAGAGAGAGAGAGAGAGAGAAAGAAAGAGAGAGAGAGAGUCCGGCGUGUUUCGGCCGAGGGCGGCCACGUUCGCCGAACGAAUCUCAUCUUGAAUCAUUCAGAUAUCCAUUGAUAUGACGAAAAUACAUAUCACUGCCCGGCCUUUGUCGCCGGCCGUAUCAAUCCCGUAAAAAAUUUAUUUUUCUUGUAAUAUUAAAGAAAAAGAACGCAGGGCUGGUCCCUCAAAUAUUAUAAAUAAUACUUUUAAAAAAGUAUUGUUUCUUAAUUGGUAUUACAUUCUCUGUUAAUUGCCGAAUAUCGUUAACAAGGAAUAUUUUACAUUCUUUUAUUGAUUUGGAAAAUAAAUAUCUACAAUAUAUUUUACUUCUUAAUUUAGAAAAUAAUUAUAAACUGGCUUAAGUGCGUGUCUAUUUCUGCCGUACCAAUUAAGGGAUUAUCUAUUACUGGCGUUGCCUUAAAUAAUCAAAUAUAACAUCACUAUUUUUGUAGUCGGAUUAAAAGUAUAUAGAGGCAAUGUCCACAAUUUUAUCUUAUACAUGUGAAUGUGAUGAAUUGAAUAAUCACGGCAAAUUGACAUAGCCACAAGAUUACAUGUAAAGAAUAUUUUAAAAAAUAACAUUUGACGAAUACAAACUUAUAAAAGAAUUUUGAAAAAAAUAAAUUGAAAAUUAUUGAUUUUUUUUUAUAUUUGGAACUAAUUUGAAGAUGAGAAGAUUAAACUUGUGAGUUAAAUAAUUGAGUUAAAAAAUUGAGAAACUUUGGCUGAUUGAACGUGGUUACUCUCGGCCGCAGACAGAAGUAGACUGGCGAAGAUGCUGAGCGCGCAAAGCGCGAAACAAGAAACGUGCGUAAUCAAGGAAUUUUCUCGCUUGCGUGUAAACUUCAAGUAGCACUUGAGUGCCACGCGACAUCGAUUGGUCGCGGAUUUUCGACAACGAUAAUUCCGACUUUCCUCGAGAGCGAGCAAUUACGAUUUAGACACUACAUUUAAAGGUAUUUUAACACGUUACAACUUUCACGGGGAAACAUAUGUAACAUUUUAUACAUAAUGUCUGCGCCCAAUUAUAAAUUUAUGCUGUGCAAGACAAACGCGUCGCUCCUUUAAUUCUAAAGCAAGGGACUGUGAGAUGCUCGAAGAAUAUCAUAAUCGGAGGAUCGCGAUCGAAAAGUUGCCGUAUAGUGAAAUUCUAUCUCGGAGUUUCCCGCAGGGGAAAAUAUCGUCCCGGAAGUAAUGUCGUCUCGAGAACAUCCGAUUUCUCCUAUUUAGUUUUCAUUACUGAUAUUCCGUAGUUGGACAGGAAGAAAAAGUGAGGAGAGUCCGUUGAAAUUAUCUUGUCAUUCGAUGAAAAUAAGCGCGCGCCGCUAUUUUUCCCAAUCUGUAAGAAAAUUGCGACAAACAGUAGACAAAUGACGACGCAAUAGUGGAGUCACACAUUCAUUCUUUGAUCUUUUCACAAUUUGGUUCUAAGUAUAUCGACUUCUUAACUUUCGUCAUUGCUGAACGUAAUUGGCGUGAUCCAUCUGUAUCUAUCUCUUUAUAGAAUUUCAAGGAGCUCAGUAUUGCGAAGAGUCUUUCCGAGCAGUUUUGAAAUCGCUUGUAAAAGAAUGCUGAGCGCAUAUCCGUGAAGGAUCGCUUGAGAUCCUCUCGCCGGAGUUUCGCGAUUUUGCCUGGCACAUACUUCGUCCUUCGUCUUUCGACUAUCGAGUGACUACGCACGAAUAAUAUCAUCGAAUAUCUUGAUCCCUCAGAUUCUCAAUCUCUAUCACCUGUCCGCCGAUAAAAAUAAAAUCCUGCGAUCUCUCAUCGAAGCCGCCUCUCGCUUUUUCUCUAUCGCGGUUGGCUUAUUCGCGCCAAGAAACGUGUAGAUACGCAACGUUCGGGGCGAAUUCGCGCGUUCGAAGAGAGUCGCUCUGCCAAGGCUGUGCAAAAGGGUUUAUUCGUUAAAGUAUCGCUUCUGAAUUGAUCCGACGUCGGUUCAGAACCGAUUCUUAAUUUCGAAGAACCGGUAUGUCUGUUUUACGCGAAGAACGCGUAUGUAACGAGAGAUCGGAGCUAACCUUGUGUCGGAACGGAGUUUCGUGUGUGAAAUCGCAGAGAAAUGUAACGAGAGAAAAGAGCGAAAAAGGAAGAGAACGGAAAAGAGAAAACAAUCCCAGCCGCGGUAGAUAAAUUUAAUCGCGCGUUCUUUACCCAGAUUCAGCGGAUUAAGAUUGUUCUGUAUAUAUAUGAUAUAAUCUUGGAUUGUACGAUUGUACGCCGAGCGCACUGAUUUGUAACACGUAACAUGGAAAUUAGUUCGAAAGUGAGCGUGACAGAGGAGAGAAUUUUUGCACCACCCCCGUCCCGCUCCUGCCCUUCAGCUGACACCUCCAGCCAAAGAGCGAGAUGAUUUAAAAACUUGUACAUCACCCGAUCCGCUCUCCCCCAAGAGUAGAGAAGUUCAGUCGAAUAAAUGAUCUUCAAUAAAAAAUAAAAAUUGAUUUAUUUAUUUAUUUGGGAAUUGAGAAAUUAUUUUUCCAUUUUUUUAAUCAUGCAAUUGUUUAUAAUGUUAUUUCCAUUUCAAAAAAAUAGAAAAAUAAUAUAAUCACAUCACUAUUUCACUAUUACAAUAGGCAAUAUUAAAUUAUAUUUUUAUAGAUAAAAUAUUAUUAUUUCUUUUUAUAUUUUUGUGUGAAAUAAAAAUUAAUAUUACAAUAUUAAUAUAAUAUUAAUAAAAAUUCGAUCGGAGAUGAAGGCGGUUGAUGAUGGUGAUUGGCGGUGGAGCAGGUGCUGGGAAUGGUGGUGGUAUUGGUGGUGACGAAGCCGUGUUGUGUAUCUAUAAGUUUUCAUAUAUUGCAUAAAAUAUGUUUAUUACAUAUUUUCACUA